UCAUCAUGCGCAAGUCUGAAUCUUUAAUGCUUGUUUAAGAGCCCCUUCGCUUGAGGAAACCGUUUACCGCGCGCGAUUCUAAGCCGAUCCAAGGGGUAGCCCCCUGACGGUACCCUUGCCACACCCACAAGCCCACAAGCGGCUAUUCCUGCGCACCUGAGCGUACCAUCGCAGCCCGCAGGCGUCCUCUUUCGUGGCUAUUAUUUCGGCUCCGAUUUGUCAGCUUCCAACAUCACGCCACCCAAUCCAUGACUCGACAACCUCUCCAUUUGCAAGUCCUUUCCGAAUAUUAAUUCUGUGGUGCUGUGGCGCAUUCUAGACGUCACAGACAAACCGUAAGAUUAGUAAUUGCGCCAACGGACAUUCGUGUAAUCAGUAUGUCCCUUCACCCCAUGUUCCACAAGCCAUCUGCCCUAAACACGAUGUCUUCACGCUGUUUGAUUUGUCGAUUGAAACGAAAGGGAUGUGUCGAGUCCCCGGAUUCCCCUUCUUGUGUUUCCUGUAGCAGGAUGCGGGUUGAAUGUAUCCCCUGCUCGAUCAGGAUUCCCUGCGCAGUCAAGAAAUCGGCUAGGGCCCGGGAGUGUUUGCUUGAGGUUAAAAGUCUAGCUGAGCCUAGGCGCUCAUGGAUCGCACGUCUUCCAAAGGCUCGCAGGUUUAUUCGAAGCCUGCAGCCACUCUUUGAAGAUUCAUCAGGCCAAGGUGCAGCUGAUGAAGAAAAUCCCACCGAGCCCACUGACUUGCCCGAAGCGUCACCGCCUACAGCAGUGUUUUCAACGAACUAUGUUAACACCACGUCACCUAUUAAUAGGCAUCCCCAUACAUUUCUAGUAGGAACAUCCACGCGUGAAGGCAACUUCGAUGAAGAACCCUUGGUGGAUCUCCACACACAAACCCUAUUCCCUCCUUUCCAACCUUCGAGUGAAAGAUUCGCUUCCAUUUGCCCCAUUCUACCUGACAUGAUGCCAUGCUUCCCUUCAUUUGCCCCUAACUUCGAAAUGACUUCCCACUUCGAGAAUUCAAUCCCUAUGUUGUCGGACGCAUUCCAUCAUCCCGCGAUCCCUGACCAGCUUUCUGUACCUGACCCUUCUUGCAUAUGCAAUUUGGUACCCAACAUUGCUGUAUUCGAACCUCCGGAUUGUCCACAGGAUAGGCGGAUGGUCGAGAAGUUGGAAGAGGAUGUUGUCUAUUGGCUUCGAGGCCUGACCCAGAGGCUAGGAUAUUUCCUUGUGCCUCUUAAUCCACGUGCGUAGUGGCGGUUCUUUCGACUUAGUUUGCCGUGUGGGGUGACUGCUUGCCUAUCAGUAAUGGUCUUCCGAACUAUUCUCGUAUCAUGCGUAGAAUCGGGAACCCGAACACUUAAGCGCCCACGUUCUCCAUUAAUCAAAUCGGUUUGGGUGAAUUGC